CAGAGACCAGAACAGAGACCAGAAACCAGACCGGAUCAGAGAUGGACUGUCCUCUGUCCCAGCUGUAGGUCAGUGAUGGACCUGCUGGUUCCUGGACGUGGAGGAGACCUCAGACCCAGACUCCAUGUUGGUCGUCAUGGCCUCGCUGGAUGGAAGCACGCCGGUUGAGACGCUUCUGUCAGCGAUCCAUCUGGAGAGGUACCUGAACACCUUCUGUCGAGCUGGUCUCCUGUCGGCAAGAGACUUCACACACCUGGAUCAUGACGCCCUCGUCAGUCUGGGUAUAACUGCCACUGGACACAGGAAGAGAAUCCUACGAUUGGUCGGUCACCUUCAGAGGACAGAAGCUCAGAGAGCCAAUCAGAAAGCAGAGACUGAUCUCCCACGUGAGCGCUGUCAGUCUGUGACGGACGGUUCUUCAUUGGAGCUUGGUCGCAGCGCUGUGUUCCCCCGUCGAUCCACACGACCGGUCAACUUUGAGAUGUUCAGGAACAGUUCGGCUCCAAACCUCGCCGCCAUGCUGACAGACUCAGAAUCCAGCAGCACCAGAGUUGUGGUGAAGCCAGUUCCCAAACCCAGAACUGUCUUCAACCGCCGCAGGACCGCACCUGUCCACUUCUGUCCAACACCAGACCCUGCACCACCCCCACCCAGGAGGCUCUCCCAGGAGUCCAUAUGUUUUACUGUGUUAGAGGGCUUGACCUCAGGGGAUGAGCCCACACCUGAUGCUAGACUGACCUCUGACCUCAAUGACAAGUUGACCACACCCAGCCAAAGACUAAGCCAGGUUCAGAGGGCGAGGACCAGCCGCAGCCUGUCUCUGUCAGACGCUGUGGGGCUGUUACCUCCAGUCCCCCCAAGGCUGAAACGCGGGGUCCCCCCCUCAGUAUUCCAGGGGUCCCCGCCCUCUUCGUCGUCCUCUUCUUCACCUGUACAAACAGAGCAGAACCUGACUUUGUCCUCACUGACUUCCUGUUCUGGAAGUCUGGACAGCGGCAGGCUCUCUGGAUCCUCACCCUCCAGUUCACCCAGAGGAGGUGGACUGGAGAUGGUCUCUAAUGAGAUCUACUGGGGCACUUCACCUGGAUCUGCCCCAGGUGGAGGGAGGAGUUACUGCAGCCAGCCGUCAGCUCCUCUGACCCCUCCCAGACAAACCCCCGGGAGAAACAGUGGCAGCACUUUAAGUAACAACUCUUCAGGAUCAGCCCAAGCUUCCACAGAUGACCCUGAGGAGGAGAUCAGUCCUUACUGUGAGACUGUUUUCCAAACCAGGAGACAUCCACACACCUGUGAGAUCCAGAGUGAAAGAAGCAGACUGGAGGGAAGAGAGACGAGGAGGGAAGAGGAGAAACAUGCAGAGAAUCAUGGGGGUCACAAGUUCUUCUGGACCAAGCGUUUGUCUCAGGCUCUUCACUCCGGAGAUUCUCAGGGUUACAGCACCGUUGGAGAACCUCCGCCCCCCCUCCGCUGCCUCUCUCUGCCCCCCCACACCUUCCACUCAGAGACCGAUGAGGACCUGACCAUCUCCCCCUAUGCCAGCUACACCUCCUUGACUGAGAGAGCCCCGCCCAUCAUCAGCGGCUGGCUGGACAAGCUGUCUCCACAGGGGAACUAUGUUUUCCAGAAACGUUAUGUGAAGUUUGAUGGAAAAAACCUAAUGUACUUCGGCAGUGAGAAGGACGUCUACCCUAAAGGAGUGAUCCCAUUGGCUGCCAUCCAGAUGGCCCGCCCAGCCAAAGACAAUAAAUUUGAAAUAGUGACGAGUCAGAGAAUCUUUGUGUUCAGGACUGAUAAUGAAGUGCUGAGGCGGCGCUGGGUUUCCACACUGCAGGACCACGUCAGGGAUCAGCUGGUGUUUGGUCGGAGGCGGUUCGGUCCUGGUUCUCACUGUCAGAGACACGGAGCCCUGGAACUGAAAGGAACCAAAUCCCGAGUUUACGCUGCCAUCAACACAGACCAGAUCUGGAUCUACAAGAGUGAACAGUGUUUUCAUAACGGGAUCGGGAUCACAGUGAUUGAAGCUCGAGGAGCGACAAUCAGAGAUGGAAAACACAAAAGCUUCGACCUCAUCACUCCCUACAAGACCUUCAGCUUCACGGCGGAGUCUGACCGGGAGAAGCGGGACUGGAUGGAGGCCCUGCAGGAGUCCAUCGCAGAGACUCUGUCAGACUACGAGGUGGCCGAGAAGAUCUGGUCCAACAGAUCCAACAGGAUGUGUGCUGACUGCAAGGCCCUGAACCCGGACUGGGCCUCCAUCAACCUGUGUGUGGUCAUCUGCAAGAACUGUGCAGGGCAGCACAGAGGUCUGGGGACAAUGGUCUCUAAAGUUCAGAGUCUGAAGCUGGACACCAGCGUGUGGAGCAACGAGAUCGUCCAGCUGUUCAUCAUGCUGGGGAACGACCGGGCCAACGAAUUCUGGUCAGCCCGUCUGUCUGUGUCGGAGGAGCUGGAUUGUGAUGCCUCACCUGAGACGAGGAGAGACUUCAUCACUCAGAAGUACAGAGAGGGACGGUACCGCCUCCCCCACCCCUCCCUCAGCAGCCAGGAGGAGCUGCUCAAGGUCUUGUGUUCAGCGGUCUCUGAACAGACUCUUCUGAAAACCGUCACUCAGAUUUUCUCAGAGGCAGAGUCAGCUCGUCUUGCCAGUGACGCCAAUGGCUGCCAACAACACCAUCAGCUGCUGGAUCACUGCCCCCCCUCAGAUCCCAGUGUGUACGAUGAGAUCAUGCAGCCUGUUCUUCACUCUGGUUUCAUCUACAAGUCCGGCUCCGUCAACAGAGGAACACUGUCCAGGAGAACUCGAGAUGACUUCCAGAAGUUCUGGUGUUCGGUGGAUCAGUCUCUGCUGCUAUACGAGUCGGACCGAUCAGCUGAUCCCUGUCUGCAGAUCAGUGUUAGAGACAUCAUCUGUCUGGGAGUCAGCCGGCCCGACUCCUCCAACAACAACAAUGGAUUCAUUGACAGGUUCCGUUACACCUUCGAGUUGUAUCUAACGUCCGAGAAACUCUUUCAGUUUGGUUUGGAGACGGCUGACGCUCUGCACAGCUGGACCAAGGCCAUCGGGAAGGCUGCGACACCGCUCAGCUGUCACUGUCUGCUGACCAGGGAGUUUGAGCGGGUGGGGCUGCUGCGGUACCGUGCCAUGUUGGACCCUCAGCAGUGGAAGGAGGCCUACUUCGUCCUACAGAAGUCCAACCUCUUCAUUUGUCCCAGGAACGAUGGAGCAGCAGAGGACAUCAUUAACCUGAACCGCCUGCAGGAGCUCAGUCUCGCCUCCGAGAACGAGAACCACGAGAAGAAGGACAUUCUGGUCUUAGUGGAGAAGGGAAGGACUCUGCACCUGCAGGGGGUCGGACGCACAGAUUUCUCUCUGUGGUACUCAGACAUCCAGCGAGCCGCCGGCGGGAAAGGAAACACUCUGAGGGAACAACAGCUGAGUAGGAACGACAUCCCCAUCAUCGUGGACAGCUGCAUCGCCUUCAUCACUCAGUAUGGUCUGGGCCACGAGGGGAUCUACAGGAAGAAUGGGGCCAAGUCCAGGAUCAAACUGCUGAUGGAAGAGUUUCGCAAAGAUGCUCGAAACGUCAAACUGCGGAUCGGAGACCACUUCAUCGAGGAUGUGACGGACGUCCUGAAGAGGUUCUUCAGAGAGAUCGACGACCCCAUCUUCAUGGCCGACCUCCACCCGCUGUGGCAGGAGGCCGCCAAAAUCCCUCAGAGGAGUCAGAGACUGGACCGGUACAAAGAAAUCAUCCGGAGUCUUCCUCGAGUCAACAGGAUGACUCUGGCUGCUCUCAUCAGUCACCUGUACAGGGUCCAGAAGUGUGCUGGUCUGAACCAGAUGUGCACAAAGAACCUGUCGCUGCUGUUCGCUCCCAGUCUGUUUCAGACCGACGGGAAAGGAGAGCACGAGGUGAAGAUUGUUGAGGAUCUGAUCGACAACUACCUUCAAGUCUUUGAGAUUGAUGAGGAGCAUCAGACUCAGAUCGAGCUGGAGAUCAGCCUCAUCACCACCUGGAAGGACACACAGCUGUCUCAGGCCGGUGAUCUGAUCAUUGAGGUUUAUCUGGAGAUGAAGAUUCCAGACUGCUGCAUCACUCUAAAAGUGUCUCCCACCAUGUGUGCUGAGGAGCUGACCAAUCAGGUUCUGUACAUGAGGAACGUCCCGGCCGGAGACAAAGACGUGUGGAUGACGUUUGAGGCCAUCGAGGAUGGACAGCUGGAGCGCCCAUUACACCCCAAAGAGAAAGUCCUGGAGCAGGCCCUGCAGUGGUGUAAGAUGGCUGACCCAAGCUCAGCUUACCUGGUGGUGAAGAGAGUUCCUAAAGGAGAGGGCAUCAACAUCCUCACCUCCUAUAAGAGUGAGAUCAUGAAGGUCGGUCUGUUGAGGUGUCGUGAAGAACCUCCAAAGCUUCUUCAGGGGAACAAGUUCCAGGAAAGAACAUUUCAGAUCAAAGAGCACAAACUGCUGCUGCUUAAAGAUAAGAAGAGCAUCAAACCAGAGAAGGAGUGGUCUCUGGCGUCCAUGAAGAUCUACAUCGGCAUCCGCAGGAAACUGAAAGCUCCAACAAGGUGGGGGUUCACAGUGAUGUCGGACAAACACCAGCUGUACCUGUCCUGCAGCUGUGAGGCCGACCUGUGGGACUGGAUCACCAGCUUCCUCAAAGCUCAGAACGAUGACCCCGGUCCUCCGGUGUUGAGGCGUCACUCCUCGUCAGAUAUCUCCAAACAGAAGUUCGGCACGAUGCCACUCGUCCCCAUCAGAGGAGACGAGAGCAACAGCAGCAUGCUGUCAGCCAAUCAGACGCUGAGGAAGUUACAUGACAGACGAACUCUCUCCAUGUACUUUCCCAUGAAGGUGCAGCCGGACUCCUUCGAGGAGCGUUCAGAGUCUCCAGACCUCCCUGAGCCGCUCUAUGAGGAGGUCGGAGACUUCGGCCUGCAGGUCCUGAAAUCUCUGGAGACCAGCUUCCUGUCCAGCAGUGCUGCAGAGACCCAGGAGGUCCCAGACCACCCGCGGCUCAGACUAGUUUCCAUGGAAACCGAACAUCUGGAUCCCACAAUUGUCCCCGACCGGGUUCGGACCGUGGGAGGCUCUCUGGAGACUCUGGAGCACAGCAGCAGCAGUGGAGGUGGAGGAGGUGACGGAGAAACAGACUGGGGCUCUCCGGACUUGAACGCCCCCCAUCAGCCAGCAGUGAGGAGGCAGCAGCUGCAGGGAGUCUGUACACUGUCACAGGAACUCCUGCUGCAGGAGCUGUCGUCUGCUUUCACCAAGAACACUGAGGAAGAGGAGGACGAGGAGGAGGAGGAGAGGCCGUAUGAUGUCUGAGAACUUACAAAGUCUGG